AUGAUCGCUGCGGUGUAUGGCGAGGGCAUGGGAGGCUCCAGAGAAUUCAUCGACUACUUAUGUGAAGAAGGAGGUGACAUUGAGAGCAAAUCUUUUUGUAAUCAGAGCUGUUUGCAUGUGGCAUUCGAGACUGGCAAUGAGCAGACCAUCAGCGCUGUUCGCAGCCACAUCUGGGAGAAGCAGCUGCAGCGGACCCAGGAGCUGCCCGAGCAAGAGGCGGCGGAGGCCCUGGAGGCCGUGGAGGUGGCCAUCACCGCCACGGGCGCCACACCCUUGGAGGUGGGCAUCGAAGGGUGCCGCAUGAAGAAGGACGCCUUGGCCAGAGCUGCGGCACCCACCAUUGGAAGCAUGAAGGUCUUCAUCCACAAAGCGCCGGAGUGCAUCCCCAGCUUUACCUCCCGCUUGCGCGAAACGAUGUCUGAAGGGGAGUUGUCGGCGCAGUUGUCACAGAAAUUCUCGGUCGAGGACAUCGCGCGUUUGCUGCAUGACUUCCCAGACGCAGCGGCCACCCUGUUGGAAGCAGCCACUUGCCAGCCACGGGUGGAAAGCCCGGGGCGGCACCCUUUGCCUGCGCGGAUUAGCUUCACCUCGAGCUGGCUGCAGAAGUGGUUUAAAACGUCCAUGCCUUGCCUCUAUUUCUACACCCACGAGGCUUCUUGGAGCUUCGACGAAUCUUGUAGUCAAGCGCCCCACUGGCACCAACGGCUCACCGACCUCAAGGAGCCACCGAUGCGCGACACAAAGAUCCAGGUCUGUAGCAUUCCGGACCUCAUCUCUCCCAUCUUCUUCUCAGCCAUCUUGAGUGGUGAUGAGUCGCUCUUCCUCUUCAACUGCGUUGCCGUGCGUGCUGCUGUUGGAUACACAUUUUGGAACGGCUCGGCAUGUGUGGAAGCUGUGCAAACAUCCAUCUCUGCUUGGGGCUUGGUCUUGCUGGUGUUGGAGACCUUGAUGUCUCAUGAGGAGAUUCCAGGCCUUCAAUCGACCACGGGACUUUCUGCUGUGUUUGAGCCUAGCUUUGUCAAGGAGGGCAUCACAACAGGAGUUGUAGCAGAUUGGAUCAUUGCCAAAGGCCUGGUGGAUGUAUUCCUUGAAUUGGCCGAACUGGCUGGCUGCUACGCCAGCAUGAAGGGCCUCGGCAGCUACUUCCGCCCGGGGAACUUCUGGGAUGUCACACGGAGCCUUCUUCCAAUUCUACUUUUGUGGCAUUAUGAAUCACGUGCUCUCCAAGUCUGCGUGAUUUUGAUCUAUUGGAUGCGAUUGCUUGAGGGUGUCAUGCUCUCUCGGCAAAUUGGCUAUGCAUUCUUACCACUCCACAAGCUGGCUGCCGGCCUGCUACCAGCCAUCAGCUUCACAUUGCUGGGCUUUUGUGCCUUCUCGCAUGCAAUGUAUGUUGUGCGCACGCGUGCAGACGAAUGGUGGCCGCAGACCUUGUGGCACAGCUUUACCACUCUCAUCACUCAAGGAUUGCCGAAAGAUCCGCCGGAGGAUCAGUUGGAACUCAUUGUGCUGUAUGGAAGUGUGCUUUUCUUCUCGGUCUUUGUGAUGAAUAUCUUCAUUGGUGUCAUCAGUGAGCAGUACGCAAGUGAGAAAAAGCAAGUCCAUUUGGCCUUUCAAAGCUUGCGCGCUUCUUCCUGUUUGACGUUCCUCAUGCGGGUCAGUGUCAUCCCCUGCUGUUGGCUUACGAAGGAAACAGCUGCCCUCAUGGCUUCGGGUUCAGUCAUUCUGGCCUUCACACUUCAAGUUUGUGCACUUUGCUAUGGCUGGCAGCUUCCAGGAAUCUUUCAGCUCAUGGUCUUCAUUGGAUGCCAGCUCACGAUCUUUUUGUCUUCGCUUCAAUGCAAGGGCAGCGACAACCCCUGGACCGCCUGGACGAACAGCAGCCUUUUGAUGCGCCCAUUGACCCGCCAGAAGCGCUACUUGUGGAUUUGCACCUGGGAUUUCUGCGACGAGGCCAAGACAGCUGCCUUGGAGCUCAGCCGCGAGGAAGACCCGGAGCACCUACUGGAAAAGCUUCGUAUGGUGGUGCGCAAGUCGGUGGAACUGGACACGACGGAGACCACGCUGCCACACGGCACGGGUCCCACGCUCCUGCAGAACCGCCGCCAGGGCGACACAAGGAACUUGCCGCUGAAGUGGCGAAACCGCUGA